UUCCUGACUUCUGCUCCAGAAUAGGAGAACAAGAGACACUUUCACUGCAGCUCUGCCAGACGGUGGCCAAAUGGAUCUAUUAUCACUUGAGUUUUAAUUUUUUUUUUACAUUUUUUUUUUUUUUACAUUGACUUCUCAGAUCUGUAUUCAAGGAUUAAUUUUGCUGCUUUUAUAUUCUUAGCAUUUUUUUGUUUCGAUUUUUUUUUUUACUUUACUGUUCUCUUAAAGUUUGUGUUAUCCAUUUCUUUUUGGUUGACCGUAAAGUUGACAUUGACUUAACCAUAAUGUCCCUUUCUGGGAACUAUUUUUUGGUAAUGGUCCUGGGGCUGCUUAUUGCCUUACCCAGGGCACAAGGUGCAUCUUGCGAGCCUGUAAGGAUCCCCAUGUGCAAGUCAAUGCCUUGGAACAUGACUAAGAUGCCCAACCAUCUGCAUCACAGCACCCAAGCCAAUGCUAUACUUGCCAUUGAGCAGUUUGAGGGCUUAUUGGCCACUGAAUGCAGUCAAGACCUUCUGUUCUUUCUUUGUGCCAUGUAUGCCCCUAUAUGCACCAUUGAUUUCCAGCAUGAGCCUAUUAAGCCAUGUAAAUCGGUCUGCGAGAGGGCAAGAACAGGCUGUGAACCCAUUCUCAUCAAGUAUCGGCAUACCUGGCCAGAGAGCUUGGCAUGUGAAGAGCUACCUGUCUAUGACAGAGGAGUCUGCAUCUCUCCCGAGGCUAUUAUUACAGUGGAACAAGGAACUGAAUCAAUGCCGGACUAUCCAGUUGACUCAAACAAUGGAAACUGUGGUGGAGCUGCGAGCGAACAUUGUAAAUGUAAGCCAAUGAAAGCUUCACAAAAGACCUAUCUGAAGAACAACUACAACUAUGUAAUUCGGGCAAAAGUGAAAGAAGUGAAGGUGAAAUGCCACGAUGCCACCGCAGUCGUAGAGGUCAAGGAGAUUCUGAAGUCUUCAUUGGUGAACAUUCCAAAAGAUACCGUCACCCUGUACACAAACUCUGGCUGCCUGUGCCCACAGCUGGUGGUCAAUGAGGAGUAUAUUAUAAUGGGAUAUGAAGACAAGGAGCGCACCAGACUGCUUCUAGUGGAAGGUUCCCUGGCUGAGAAAUGGAGGGAUCGUCUUGCAAAAAAAGUUAAGCGCUGGGAUCAGAAACUGCGUCGCCCUCGAAAAAGCAAAUCUCCUGUUGCACAAAACGCCAAUAAAAACAGCAACUCAAGACAAAUGCAUAGCUAGACCUAUUGAACAAUGUAUAUAAAACUCUGUGGACUUUUAUACAAAGAUUUGCAUUGUUGGAACAACAAAGAAGAAAUUGCACUAUUGCACGUUAUAACCUAUUGUUUACUACAAGAUAUUGUAGUCGAUUGUAGUUUUUUUUCCCCCUCUUUUAUAUUUGCACGGAUUACUAAGCAAUAGAUUUAUUCCACUUCUAGAGAUGUCUAAGUUUUCAUUAUUUGUAAGUAAGAAGCAACUCAGUGGAUGAGAAAAAAAAAUCAAUUCAUGUUU